GCUGGUGCUGCGGUCCGUGACAGCGCAGCGGCGUGCGGCUCCGCGACGUAAACGGAAAGAAAAAAGAAAAAAAAAAAAACCCUCCGUGCGUUUCGUGAAGGCCUCCGCCACAACACACUCAGCCCCGCCGACGGAUAUACACACACACCAAUCUCUCCUCUCCUCGCCGAGCCUCCUUCGCGCUCCUGCCGUCGAGACCUCCGUCCUGGUAAUGGCGACCGCUGCGGUGUCCGCCCCGGCCGGCCCCGGCCCCGGCCCCGCCGGCGGCGCGGAGCUGGUCCGCGGGCAGGCCUUCGACGUGGGGCCUCGCUACAGCAACCUCUCCUACAUCGGGGAGGGCGCCUACGGGAUGGUGUGCUCUGCAUAUGAUCGGGACAACAAGAUACGCGUGGCCAUCAAAAAGAUCAGCCCGUUCGAGCACCAGACCUACUGCCAACGCACCCUGAGAGAGAUCAAGAUCCUCCUGCGCUUCAAGCAUGAGAACAUCAUUGGAAUCAACGACAUCAUCCGCGCGCCGAGCCUCGACCAGAUGAAGGACGUAUAUAUCGUCCAGGACCUCAUGGAGACGGACCUCUACAAGCUUCUGAAGACUCAGCACCUGAGCAACGACCACAUCUGCUACUUCCUCUACCAGAUCCUACGAGGACUCAAGUACAUCCAUUCUGCCAACGUCCUACACCGCGACCUGAAACCCUCCAACCUUCUGCUCAACACCACCUGUGAUCUCAAGAUCUGCGACUUUGGCCUGGCUCGUGUAGCGGACCCCGACCACGACCACACUGGUUUCCUUACAGAGUACGUGGCCACGCGUUGGUACCGAGCUCCAGAGAUCAUGCUCAACUCCAAGGGCUACACCAAGUCCAUAGACAUCUGGUCAGUGGGCUGCAUCCUGGCUGAGAUGCUGUCCAACAGGCCCAUCUUCCCCGGGAAGCACUACUUGGAUCAGCUCAACCACAUUUUGGGGAUCCUGGGCUCUCCUACUCAGGAGGACCUGGACUGCAUCAUCAACAUCAAGGCCAGGAACUAUCUGCUGUCGCUGCCGUUGCGCUGCAAAGUGCCCUGGAACCGCCUCUUCCCCAACGCCGAUGCCAAAGCUCUGGACCUGCUGGACAAGAUGUUGACGUUCAACCCUCACAAGAGGAUCGAGGUGGAGGCGGCCCUGGCCCACCCCUACCUGGAACAGUACUACGACCCUUCAGAUGAGCCCGUCGCCGAGGCCCCGUUCAAGUUCGACAUGGAGCUGGACGACCUUCCCAAAGAGACACUGAAGGAGCUCAUCUUCGACGAAACUGCACGUUUCCAGCCCGGCUUUAGGUCUUAACAUCUCACACAGAUGAUCGUGGACAGGCUUCUGCGUCGCCACCGCCCCUAAACCCCCCCACCCUCCCGCCUCCACGCCGUUGCUGUGAUCUUUGUUUCAACUCUCCUGUCCUGUUGUCCACGUCACCUGGAUUCCUUGGGUCUCUCGUCAAGUCCACUUCGCUCAGGAACGGCGUCAGGAAUCAAUCAGUCGCUCUCGCUCCCUCCUCCUUUCUCUCUCUCAGAGGGGUGAGGUAAAGGGGGGGGGGGUUCUCAUCACAGCUUAUAGUUUGGAGGUGAUUUUUGUGUUUGAAGCAAAGAUAAACAAUUUUCUUUUUUUUUUACGCGUGUCUCGGAGGCAUUCGGCUCAAGAUUCCAGACCUUUUGGCGGCGGCGGCGAGCGCGGCUGUUUUUGGCUGCAGCUGUUCAGCACAAACGGCAAAUUACAUCUAUUUAAAUUUAAAAAAAAGGUUGUUUUUUUUUAUUUGCUAACCUAUUGUCGCACUGUUACAACGGAUGUAGCGACUUCUGUGCUUUUUCUUUUUCUCUUUAGUAGAAAAAUCUUCGAUUAAAUGACCUGAUUUAUGCAAAAAAAGUGCAGAAUCAGCGCGACUCCAACACGACGACCCGCAGUCCUUUUAAUCCCAGAACGCUCGCGCAGACUGCUCAAUUGGAACUAAAUACAUAAGCCUGAAUAGUCUUAAGAUAUUUUAACGUUAAGAAUGAUGACGGGAGGUGAAUCCGUUUUUUUUUUUUUUAUAAUGCUCCUCUCUGUUUCUCGCCGGCUUCAGGAAGAAUGUGUGAAUGUCUCGAUCUGCAGUUUCUUCCUGAGCCGGGAGAAAACCAGGGGAGCGGCUGAUGUCACACGGGUCCACGUGUGCAGGACGGUCUUUGUCAUGUUUUUUGGGGGGGUGGAGACCAGAAUUCAGUUGUGUCCGGAGGACGUGUCCUUGUGCCUCCCUGUCCGUGCUGUGAUUACUUUCGUCAUCUUCUUCGGUGUCGGUUGAUCUCUCGCCUUGUUAGAAUAAAACUGUGCCCUUUGCAUGACUGUUAUAAGCUCUGUAUACAAAGACGAUGAUGUUAAGUGCCACACGAGCCGGGCAGACGUGGGGGGGGGGGGCCCAGGCUCUUUCCGUUCAGACCUUUUGUGGUGUAUCACUCUUUCCAAACACAUGGUGCUUCUUCUCCUGCUCUUCUUUUACUUCAGCACCCUCCAGUUCUCUCUUUUCCCCCGUCUACAUUCAAGAGUUCAGUCUCCUUUUUUUUCUUUGCUGAACAUCAUCUGCAUGCUACAUCUUAAAAAGAAAAAAAAGAAAUGUAUAAAUAUAAUCAAAUCACGAAAAUGACACGGUAUUUUGUUUCCUUCGCCUGAGCAGCGACGUCCAGGCAUGACGGUUCCACGCAAAUGUAACGGAUCACGUGGUUUCUGCUCUUAAUUGCACAUGUUUGACGCUGAUAACGGUUGUCUGUACCAGCAGAGAAAGAAACGCAGGAACCAAGACUUUGUCACCAAUUCUGUCUCAUCUGCUGAUUUGAUCGACUGUUAAAGAUGAAGCUCUUAUGUCAAAUAAAUUUAACAAUUACGCACGAA